AGAAGAUAUACAACUGCUGACAGCUAGACUCGAGGUUGUUUUAAAGGACCACAAGCCAAGAAGGAAUGAGUAUGAGAGUGCUUUUAUCACUGCAAAGAUACAAAGCUGAGUCCGCAGAGCUUCCAGGAAAAUCUCAGACUUUGUUCUGUUUUUAUGGUUGCUCUUAAGGCUUGCAUGAUCAUUAAUUGCAUGAUUAAUUGCACAAUAUAGACGCAAGCAUACAGGAAAAACAUCCUGUAUGCUCUGCAAAUAUUUCCCCAUGAAGAAAUUUGAAAAAGUUGUAAGGUGAAAUGCGUGUGCCGUGUUUGCACAACUGUAAUCUAAUCUAUGACAUGUCACUAAUAGCUGUUAUUUCUAGCAGCACCGGAGCUGAAGCGAUGCAGAUCACAGGAGUGUUGGUUUGAAGGAAAACCCUGAUGGUAUGCGGGGUUGCACCGCAGAUGGAGCAGAACUCACCGAGCUGUCAAGUACGUCACAUGAAGGGUGUUCCCUGCGGGCAGGGCAGGGCAUCCAUAAUCAAUGACCAAACACAGCAGCCAAUCACAGGGCUCAUGCUAAUGAGGAGCCUUUAAACCCUCUGGACCUCUGCAGACUGACCGGAUUUCAGCAGCACGCACAGAGAAAGGAGGAAACUGCAGCUCCCACUGAAACCUCCACAUCUGAGAAGAAACUUUUUUUCCCCCUCUUUCUUUCUUCCUCUCCGCUCUUUUGCCUCCAGUAAUAAUAUCCGGAUCUGCUCACUGCUCACACAGGAAUUAUCGCACUUUGAAGACACCGAGCUGAGCUGGGAGGAAGCGCUGAUUCACACUCUGCUGAUUUCUUUCUCGGGGUGGGGGGGGACUUAAAAGUUCACAACGCCAUGUCUGGUGAGUCGGAUCACAGUCGGCGGUUCUGCGUGCUGUCUUGGGAUCAGGUGCAGCGCUUGGACUCGAUCCUGGGCGAGGCUAUCCCCAUCCACGGCCGAGGAAACUUCCCCACGCUCUCCGUACAGCCCCGCCAGAUUGUCCAGGUUGUGCGAGCGAGGCUGGAGGAAAGAGGUGUGCAUGUUAAGGAUGUGAGGUUGAACGGCUCGGCUGCCAGCCACGUGCUCCAUCAGGACACGGGACUGGGCUACAAGGACCUCGACCUGAUCUUUGGUGUGUCGCUGAAAGAUGACCAGGCCUUCCGUCUGGUGAAAGACGUCGUGCUGGACUGCCUGUUGGACUUCUUGCCAGCCGGGGUCUCUAAGGAGCGCAUCACAGCACUGACCCUUAAAGAGGCCUAUGUGCAGAAACUUGUGAAAGUCUGCAAUGACACGGACCGUUGGAGCCUCAUCUCGCUGUCCAACAACACAGGCAAGAACGUGGAGCUUAAGUUUGUGGACUCUUUACGGCGGCAGUUUGAGUUCAGUGUAGACUCCUUCCAGAUUUGCCUUGAUUCUCUGCUCUUGUUUGACCGCUGCUCUGAGACGCCCAUGUCUGAGAGCUUUCACCCCACCGUAAUUGGCGAAAGCGUGUAUGGGGACUUCAAAGAAGCUAUGGAACAUCUGUGUCAGAGGACCAUAGCUACUCGCACCCCUGAAGAAAUCAGAGGGGGUGGCUUGUUGAAGUACUGCCACUUGCUCGUGCGAGGCUUCAGACCCUCGUCAGAGGCGGACAUGAAACAGAUGCAGCGCUACAUGUGCUCGCGCUUCUUCAUUGACUUCCCCGACAUAGGUGAGCAGCAGAGAAAGCUCGAGGCUUACCUGCAGAACCACUUCGCCGGGAUGGAGCACAAGCGGUACGAGUGCCUCAUGACUCUGCACCAAGUAGUGAACGAGAGCACCGUGUGUCUGAUGGGCCACGAGCGGCGCCAGACGCUCAGCCUCAUCUCCAUGCUGGCGCUGAAGGUGCUGGCCGAGCAGAAUGCUAUCCCCACGGUAACCAAUGUGACCUGUUACUACCAGCCAGCGCCGUAUGUGCAGGACAUAAACUUCAGCAAUUAUUAUAUUGCACACGUGCAGCCGCCACAGGUCGCUGCGUGCAGUGCUUCAUAUCAGACGUGGCUGCCCUGCAGUUGAGCUGGUGUCAGGGCGCGGAGGUCACUGUGUCUCCACUGCAUCGCUCUGUCCAGGAUGUGGACUGAAAACAAACAAUAAAGAAACCCAUUUGCCAAAUGUGACUUGAUGAAAACAAUCCUGUACUGCUGUACAUCUGAUUGAGCCGACAAGUUUUGUUUUUUUUUUCUUUUCACUUGUUUUCUCUUGCAAGACGUCUGUAAGAUUGCUGGUCAUUUCUGAGAUGUAGUAUAAUAUCUUAUUUAAAUAUUAAAAAAAACAACUUUAUGUCAGGUGUGCAUUUUUGAGGAAGCAGACAAUGAAGCUGGUGGUGUUUUCAUACCCUGGCUUUUAUUUUGUUUUAUUUUUUAAAUUGCAUACGGACCAAAGAUGUGUGGUUUUUCUUUUUUUUUUUUUUUUUUUCUUCCUUUUUUUUGGUUCUUUGUUCUGAAAGGGAAUGUAAUCACACUUCCAAGUGCCUUAAAAAACCAAACAAAAAAACCCACAAUGUUCUGAAAAAGUCUGUAAAGUGAGAAUUGUGCAUCCAGUGUUUUCUAGAUUACUCUGUUUCUCUUUUCAAGAACAGAAGCAUUCAUUUUUGUGAGUUUUUUUCCCUUCUUUUGUAUUGUGGUUAUUUUCUGCUGGCCUGUAAUGAUUGUUGAUAUUUUAAUCUUUGGUUUUUAGGGCUGCAGUUAGUUCAAACUGGUCAUUGUCUGAGCUGCUUCAAAAUUCACACAGUCGAGUUUUUAUAUUGUUACGUGUCCACAAUAAACAGUGUGCUUUGGCCAAGACGUGACACACA